AUGAGCAGCGGAUCAUUCCAGAUCCCAGUGUUAAUCCAUUGGGAUGGUCUGGGCAAAUCGGUGUCUCUUGCAGCUAUUGGUGACUACAAUGGUCAUGUUGGCCUUGGUGUAAAGUGCUCCAAGGAAGUAGCCACUGCUAUUCGUGGGGCAAUCAUCUUGGCUAAACUAUCCAUCGUACCAGUACGACGAGGCUACUGGGGUAACAAGACUGGCAAGCCUCAUACUGUACCUUGCAAGGUUACUGGUCAUUGUGGAUCUGUUCUGGUGCGUCUGAUCCCAGCACCCCAUGGUACAGGAAUUGUAUCUGCCCCUGUUCCAAAGAAACUGCUGAUGGUGGCUGGAAUUGAUGACUGCUAUACUUCAGCUAGGGGUUGUACUGCUACACUGGGCAACUUUGCUAAAGCCACCUUUGAUGCAAUCUCCAAGACCUACAGUUAUCUGACCCCUGACCUCUGGAAGGAGACUGUGUUCACCAAGUCUCCUUAUCAGGAAUUCACUGAUCAUCUGGUUAAGACCCACACCAGAGUUUCAGUGCAGAGAACCCAGGCGGCUGCUGUGGCAACUACUUAA